AUGCAGUCUGAAUCCAAGAAGCAUGAAGAAGAGACACCUUCUCUAUACUGGGGGAUGAAUCCUGUGUUUUCUGCAUUUGCAAGACUCUAUAUUAAAGAUAUACGAGAAAUGAAAGAAUCUAAGCAAGUGCCAGGUAUAUUCUUUUAUAAUGGACAUCCAGUGAGACAGGUGGAUAUUGUUGGGAUAGUGGUUCUAAUAAAAGAACGAGAUGCCUUUUAUAAUUAUGGAGUGGAUGACAGUACUGGAGUUAUAAAUUGCAUGUGCUGGAAAAAUCCAAUGGUAGAAGAAAUAUCUUUAUCAGGUCACCCAAGUACAGCCAGCAGUCUUGGUGUGCUCGAACAGAUGAAGAAACUGCAGAAAAUGGUGAUCCAGAAAACCAAGCUGAGUCUUGGGGAUGUCAUCAGGGUCAGAGGUCACAUCCGAACCUACAGGCAGCAAAGAGAAGUUCACGCUUCAUGUUUUUAUAAGGUGGAUGAUGAUUUCUAUGAUGUUCAGAUUUCAAGAAUGCUGGAACUCCCCUGUCUCUAUAGAGAAGUUUAUGAUAAGCCUUUCCAAGGCUUGGAGGAGGGACAGAGGUAAAUGUGGGAUCCAGACGGUGGCCUGGAGGGUCAGAAUUUCUCAAUCGUGCUGCAUGAGAAAGUGAAAGGCUUUCUCUUAGAAAACAAAAUUCAGACCUUUUACCAACAGGAGUUGGAAACAAUUGAUACUCUGGUGUCAUUGGCUGGUGUGCAUCCCCCCAGACCCAGCUGCCAGGAGGUGAAAUCAAAAAGUGACUCCUCUUCCAAAAUGAUUCACAGUGCUUUUAAGGAAGCAAUAAAGAUGCUACAAGAAAAAGGAGUGGUUUUCCAGAAACCUAGUAGCCCCAAGGACUUAUACCAUGUGACUGACCAUGAUAAGGAGCUGCUUAAAGUGACGCUUGAUAUGAUUAAAGAAGACUGUCGAAAACCCAGGCAUGCUGAAAAAGGCUGUCAUUUUCUUCAUGUCCUGACUUGUGUUAGGCAGAGCUACAACCCCUCUCUGACUGAAGCAGUGCUGCAUCGUGUCAUGGAACUGCUUGAGAGUAACAGUGAUGUUGUCAGCAGCAUGGAAGGAUAUUAUAUUGUCUUUUAA